AUGAUCUCAUCCCUUCUAUCGCGCUCCUCGAUCGCUCGCCGGGCAGUCCGCGGCUUUGCCUCGACAGCAGUCCAACUCGAUGCUAGCGCCAAGCUCAACAAACCAGCUCGCUUCGCGCAGCCAAUCUCGGCGUCCGACAUUCCCAAAGGAUUCGUCGUAUCUUCCACCUACGCUGGCAUCAAAGCUGCUAUCUCACCCAAGCCUGCCGAUCCGAACACGUCGGCAAGCACUGCGGCAGCAAGCAACCCGAACCCUAAACCGGAUCUGGCGCUGAUCGUUUCUACUGUACCCGCAGCUGCAGCGGGAACGUUCACCCGGAACGUGUUCAAAGCGGCUCCUGUGGUUGUGUCGAACCAGGUGCUUCUGGACGGAGCCAAGAAGGAGCAAGGUGCUAGGGUGCAGACUGUACUGGUUAAUUCUGGGUGUGCCAAUGCGGUGACAGGGACACAAGGAAUGCAGGAUGCCGAGUCGUGCGUUGAACUGGUCAAGAAGCACCUUGCACCGCAUCCUGGGCUAGCUCAGAGCUCAGAAGGACGUGAAACGCUGUUGUUGUCGACCGGUGUGAUCGGUGUACCGCUGCCCAUGCCUACGAUUAAACGAUGCAUUCCGCACCUAGCAAACGGGAUGAUCCUUCGAAGCGAUCCAGAAUCGUGGCGAGAAACGGCUCGAGCCUUUAUGACCACGGAUACCUUCCCCAAGCUGCGAGCAAAGACGUUCAAGCUCGGUGGCAAGGAGGUGCGAAUGAUCGGAAUCGACAAAGGAGCAGGAAUGAUCCACCCAGCCAUGACGGGUCCCGCUGUACCAUCAGCCGUGUCGAGCGGCCAAUUGCACGCUACCAUGCUGGGUCUCAUCGCAACCGAUGCUGCUGUUCAACCCAAAGCUCUGCAAGUAGCCUUAAACCGUGCUGUAUCACGAUCAUUUAACUGCAUCUCGGUCGAUGGAGACAUGUCGACCAAUGACACCAUCAUCCUGCUCGCCAACGGUCAAUCUGCUGCCUCCUCUUCCACUGCCGUUGCAAAUGAGAUCGACGAAUCCAGUCCGGACUUUGAACCGUUCGUCUCGGAGCUCACCGCCUUCUGUCAGGAACUCUCCAAACUCAUCGUACGCGACGGUGAAGGCGCCGAGAAAUUUGUCGAGAUCACGUGCACCAAUGCACCUUCCUACACGGUGGCGCAUGGCCUCUUGUCCCGACUGGUCACCUCGAUGCUCUUCAAAUGCGCCAUCCAUGGUCAGGAUGCCAACUGGGGUCGAAUCUUGGCUUCGGUCGGUGGUGCCGAUCCCAGCUUGACCAAAGACGUGGACGCCAGCAAGGUUUCCGUGUCGUUUGUCGAUCCCACGGGCGAGUUUGAGUCGAUCACCGUGCUUCGUGAUGGCAAUCCGGUCAAGGUGGAUGAAGACGAGAUCGGGAAAUUGUUGACCAAGGAAGAUAUCAAGGUGGUGAUUGAUUUGCAGAACGGUAAGGAGGACUGCACCUAUUGGACGUGCGAUUUGAGCAGGGAGUAUAUCGAGAUCAAUGCUGAUUACCGUUCGUGA